CCCUCACAAACACCCAUAGACAUGCAUGCUGUAACCUCAACUCUUGAGUGGGCUCAGUGCCAUGCUUUUUAAUAUCAUUAACAGGUGGCUUUCUAAAAUAGAAUCAAGAAAUGCUCACACAUGUACUCGCACACAUAGCAACGCAAGGAGAUACAACCAUCAUGCUAGCAUGGAGACGCACACAGAAAUCUCUCAGAUACAUUCAGCAGGGCAGCCAUGAAGUAACAAUUGACAGACAGACUAGACCCAAUGCCAACGACCCUAAAAAAAAAAAAAAAAUCAUUGAUAUCAUUAUGCCCGGACAUGGGCGUGAUCUUUUUCAGACGCAAACAACCCCCCACCCCCGACUCACGGUGUACCAUGUCGAUGUCCUCCCUCUUUAAAGCCCUCUUGCGUACUUUCUGUCCGUCUCAGAGAAAACCCCUCUGCAAACCGGCCUUCACGUAUUCGACACUUGACAGAGUAACCAGUCUGACCAACCCCUGACUUCAUCACCUCCUCCACAUCAUUCACAUCUUCAAGCUUAGGGCUAAAUUGUGUGAAUGGGCAAUGCCUGCAACUCCCAGCAUCCUUCAGCUGUCUAUCUGGCCUUAACGCCUCCAUUAUUAACAUCCUCUUCUGACGAAGCCUUCCUCACCUCUAGACUAGAUUGAUCUUGCUGGAUCAAUCUAACUCAGACCUCUCCAGCACUAACUGUCUUUGUUUGUCCUCUCAUCUGAUUAUUUUGUUCUCAAUCAUCUACGAAGACUUAAAUGUCCUUACAAAAUAAGCCGCUGUCUCUUAUUCACUUAUUUGGAUCUCUAAAGCUGCAAAUCAAUCAUGUGGUCCACGUUCAUCGUGCAGGAUGAAGAGGUAAGGACAGGGAAUGCAUCUUCUGGGGUACACCAACCUUCCUGUGCGCUGGAUGGGUUUUUGGGAUCACGGGGCGGCGGACGCAAGCGCCGACACAGAACACACCCCAGUUCUGCAGAUGGAAUUAGUGAAAACCAAGAGGGCAAAAUCAAGCUGACGUUAUUCUUGGCUGUAACCGGCAUCCUGCUCACUGUGCUCGGUGUGGGCACAGAGUUCUGGGUGGAACUUACACCAUCCAAAAGCUUCUACAACAAUCAGACUUGUCUGGUAGCACAUUAUGGCUUAUGGAAAUGCUGUACCAAGACAUUCUGGGUGUCAGAUAUGGACACAAAGCAGGAGAUCUGUGGGCAUUUGCACUUACAGGGAGAAUCCAAUUGCACCUUCUUUAAGUUCUACACCACUGGAGAAAACAUUGUCCUAUUUCAGAAAACGCCAGAAAAGAAUCUGACAGUAGCAUCGGCCAUGUUUGCUAUCAUUAGUCUUUUCCUGAUGGUGAUGGGAUCUAUCUGCAUUAUCAUGGCAGUGAGCAAAGGUGUUCAGUUCUUCUUGAAGCCAGCCGCAGUUUGCUUCAUUCUGUCAGGUGUCUUAAUCUUCAUCUGCCUCAUAGUUUUCCACCAAUCAGUGCUUUCAUACUUAGCAAGUGACCAAUCCAUACCUCUACACCAUGAAAUGUCAUGGUCAGUGACGUGUGUGGGCUGCGCAGGGGCUCUGGUUGUUGUUGCUGGCGUCUUGUUCUUGGUCCUUGCUCUUCCAUACAGUCCAUGGGAAAAGUGCUUACCUAAGAAGAACAGUGACAUCUAAGUAGUGUGGAGAUUGACUCAUUCAGUUUUCACUGAAUCCUAUUGAUAACGUGGAACAGAUAACAGCAGUAUUCUAAUACAUUCUGGUGAAUUUGGGAAACAAAGGAUUCAUGAACUUACACACACAAACAUGGUGGUUGGCAAUGUGAUUAUAGAUGAGUUGGCACUGGAGAGUAUACUGCUGGAAAUGUAACAGGAGGUGGCCCAGACAUUUUGGCAGAUUAUAUGUACCAUUAGGAUGGAAUGGUUCAGUAAAUAUCGAGCCUAAAAAACUAAUAUAUAUUAGUUGAUAUACCAGAACAGCUCAAUAAUGUUUUGUGUAAAACUUGUGUGCAAUAUUUAAUUUUUUUGUUGUUGAACUAUUCCUUUUAUUUGUUUGUUUUUAAAUUUUAUAAUAUAUAUGUUCUAUGUGACAAAUAUAAUAUAGCAUAACAAUUGAUGCUGUAUAUUUUAGUUGACUUUAUAUACUGGAGGGGCCGUUUAGAAAAUGUAUAAAAUCUAGGACUAUAAUUUUGCAAUAGUUUUGGAAUUUUGCUAAAAUAUAAUUGUGGUGUAAAUGUCUUAAUUGGCAUGAUUGGGUUUCCAGAGGCAAAGUAAAAUGGACCGUAACUUUACAAUUGUAGGUAACAGAAAUGAAACUAAUUUAUGCUUUUAUAUUUAAGUUGAUGCAGAGAUUUGCAAGUUUUGACCUAGUCUUGGCAAGGUACAUCCCCCAAGCACCUACCUUUUCUCCUUCAUUAUGUAACUCAGCAAAUCAGCAUUAUGGAAAUCAGCAAUUCAUGUCUCCCUGUUAAUUUUUGUACCUAUGGUGGAGGAAAUAAGUGAUCCACUUGAAAUCCACAACAAAGAUGACAUCAAUGAAUUUAUUCUGCUGCUGAUCAACACUGAUUAUUUAUUAACAGAAGUGCCUUGAAGCAACGUGAAGACAUGAAGCAACCACAUGGAAUCUUGCAUUGCAUAUUUGAAAAACAGCACUCACUUUCUUUCUUUUUUUUUUCUUUUCUCUUUUUUUAAGCAGUGGACAAAACUGUGCACACUGCUGUGCAGCACUGUCAAUAAAUCAUAAAUAAAGUGAUUAUUUACAGGAA